AUGGUCGCAGAUGCGGCCUGGAGUGAGAAGGGCAAGGGUCGCAGGUGCGAGGGCAGUGCCAGUAGACGUCGUAGAAGCAAGAAUUUGCUUGCAAAAGCGAGCUCGCAGGUGCGUGAAAUUAGUCCGCAGUGCUCAAAUUAUCGGCCAAUUGGGGCUCUUCCUAGUUAUACUGAGCCUAAUCCUAAUGUUCAAGUCAAUGCGGUUACCAUGAGAAAUGGAAGAGUAUUAAAAGAAGUUCCAAAGAAAAAGAAGUAUACGACUAGUCCUGAAGGUGAAUUAGUUCCCAAUCCAGUUGAGGAGAAUGAGAAAGAGAGCGAAAGAUCAGAGCCAGAAGUGCCUAAGUAUGCAAAGUAUCUAAAAGAUAUUGUGGAAAACAAGAGAAGACUUAAUGAGUUUGAAAUAGUUGCACUUACUGAAGAGUGCAGUGCUAGAGUUCAGAUUAAACUUCCUCCUAAGUUGAAGGAUCCUGGGAGUUUCACAAUUCCUCUGUCUCUUGGGAAACAAGAAGUUGGUAGAGCCCUGUGUGAUUUAAGGGCUAGUAUAAAUUUAAUGUCAUCAUCUUUGUUCAAGCAACUAGGAUUGGGGUCCCUUAGACCUAUUACAAUCACCUUACAGUUGGCAGAUAGGCAGUGCUGGUGA